ACCUGGCAGUCUCUGCGAGCAGUGGGGUUAAUGGCGGUCCGUACCGGUUCCGGGUUAGCCGGAUGUUGUCUCCGGUCCGGCCGCUGAUCGCGCUCUAUCCGGGGAUUGCUGGCUGUUACUGACCGCGAUACCGGCUGCGGGGGAGGACGGGGACCCCAGCUCGUGUUUCCAUGGAGACCAGCGAGGAGCGGUAACUGUCUCCAUGGAGACGCGGACCGGAAGUGGUGACCGGUGCCGGUUGCUAUGGUGACGCGGGAGCGCGUGGCUGACACGCAGAGCAAGAUGGCGGAGCCGGGCUGGGCGGAGAGCGUGAGGGCGGCCAGGAAAACCUCCCUGCUACAGGACGGUAACUCGCCAAUGUACUAACACCGCCCCGGCGAUAAUCACAGAGCUCCACCGCGAUAAUAAUACCGCCAGUAACGGAGCUCCACCGCGAUAAUAAUACCGCCAGUAACAGAGCUCCACCGCGAUAAUAAUACCGCCGGUAACAGAGCUCCACCGCGAUAAUAAUACCGCCGGUAACAGAGCUCCACCGCGAUAAUAAUACCGCCGGUAACAGAGCUCCACCGCGAUAAUAAUACCGCCGGUAACAGAGCUCCGCCGCGAUAAUAAUACCGCCAGUAACGGAGCUCCACCGCGAUAAUAAUACCGCCAGUAACAGAGCUCCACCGCGAUAAUAAUACCGCCAGUAACAGAGCUCCACCGCGAUAAUAAUACCGCCGGUAACAGAGCUCCACCGCGAUAAUAAUACCGCCGGUAACAGAGCUCCACCGCGAUAAUAAUACCGCCGGUAACAGAGCUCCACCGCGAUAAUAAUACCGCCGGUAACAGAGCUCCGCCGCGAUAAUAAUACCGCCGGUAACAGAGCUCCGCCGCGAUAAUAAUACCGCCGGUAACAGAGCUCCGCCGCGAUAAUAAUACCGCCGGUAACAGAGCUCCGCCGCGAUAAUAAUACCGCCGGUAACGGAGCUCCGCCGCGAUAAUAAUACCGCCGGUAACGGAGCUCCGCCGCGAUAAUAAUACCGCCGGUAACGGAGCUCCGCCGCGAUAAUAAUACCGCCGGUAACAGAGCUCCGCCGCGAUAAUAAUACCGCCGGUAGCGGGCUCCGCCCGCUGAUAAUAAUACCCGCCCGGCCUUGAGCUCGCGCGAUAAUAAUACCGCCGGUAACGGAGCUCCGCCGCGAUAAUAAUACCGCCGGUAACAGAGCUCCGCCGCGAUAAUAAUACCGCCGGUAACAGAGCUCCGCCGCGAUAAUACCGCCGGUAACAGAGCUCCGCCGCGAUAAUAAUACCGCCGGUAACAGAGCUCCGCCGCGAUAAUAAUACCGCCGGUAACGGAGCUCCGCCGCGAUAACACCGCCAGUAAUGUGUCUGAGUGUAUAAGUGAGCUCCACAGCAAUAAUAAUUCCAGUAAUGUGUCUGAGUGUAUAAUGCGUCUUAUUUAACACCAGACGCGACUAAGGUGUCAGUCCAUGCCGUUGUUCUUUCUCGCCUUGACUACUACAAUCCCCUUCUCCUUCUACAAUCCCCUUCUGCAAUCUUUAAUGAAUGAGUUUCCUGUCCGCCCGCACCUCCCACGCCUCUCCCCUCUGUCAGUCCCUACAUUGGCUUCCAAUUAGAUAUUGGGCUCAAUUUAAAGGAUCACUAUAGUGUCAGGAAAACAAAGCGGUUUUCCUGACACUAUAGUGCCAUGAGGGUACCCCACCCUCAUGGUCCCCCUCCCGUGGCGCUGAAGCGGUUAAAACCCUUCAGCAGCUUACCUUAUUCCAGACUCCCUCGGCUCUGGCGACCUCUCCUCCCACUCCGUCAGCUCCCCAGUCCGUCACAGGAGCCGAAUGCGCAUGCACGGUAAGUGCCUCGCGCAUUCAAAGUGUCCAUAGAAAAGCAUUUCUCAAUGCUUUCCUAUGGAUGCUCUGCGCAAUGGAGGCACAAUAGGCCUCCAGCGUCGCAGAUGCGCCUCUAGUGGCUGUCCGGAAGACCCCCACUAGAGGCUGGCUUAACCCCAAAUGUAAACAUAGCAGUUUCUCUGAAACUACUAUGUUUGCAUCUGAAGGGUUAAAACCUGAGGGACCUGGCACCCAGACCACUUCAUUGAGCUGAAGUGGUCUGGGUGACUAUAGUGUCCCUUUAAAAUUCUGGUGCUUGCUUACAAGUCCCUACAUAAUGCUGCUCCAACCUACCUAUCCUCCCUAAUACACAAGUAUGUCCUGUUGAGGUACCUACGCCUAUCCUCUGUCCGUACUCCCACAUCUGAUGCUCGCCUCCAAGACUUCUUCAGGGCUGCACCUUUUCUGUUGAACUCCCUUCUCCAUUAGACUUUCACCCAGUCUCCACUCCUUCACAAAAUCUUUGAAAACACACUUCUUCAGGAAAACAUAUCAUUUAAACUGUUAGUGGGUUUUCAUCUCCCUCUAUGACUCCUCUCCUGCAACUGUCAAAAAUAAAUUUAAAGAUUAUACUCUGCAUUCUGCCCGUGCUUUAUUGUCCAGAUACCAUCUCAGAUGUACACGGAUUAGCAACUAACAUCUUCUCUACAGUUCACUUAUAAAAAUGACUUCUGAUAGUCACUUGCAUAUAAUAUAUAGUAAUAUUUAUUUAUUUAUUUUCUUGGGUUUCUAAUUGGAUGUUAUGUUGUUUGUUUAUUUGUAGGCAAGAGAAAAGUCCAUUACUUGUUUGCUGAUGGUGUAGAAAUGGCAGAAGAAUAUGACUCCAAAACACAUGAACUGUUUGGUAAGUGGAUUUGUAUAUCUCUGCUUGUCUGUUCAGUCACCCAUUGAAUCAUGAGCUGCUAGUAUCAUUUCACAUGUAGAAGGGAGCAAAGGAUGCGAUCAUUGGAAAUGCAACAUCUAGGUGUAGGGUAAUCCCAUUGGGAGAACACUUAGACAGAAAGAAUAAUAACAUGUAGAUUGGACAGUGUACGCUAAAGCACAACAUUUAUUGGCAUGAAACAACCUUUGAAAUAAAAGCCAGGAGGGAAACACUAAAUUGUUUUGAUUUCAAUUUAAUAAGUGAGUUCUAAAUAUUCAGACAUUUUCUAAGAACUUACUGGAACUCUUAUGGCUCAGUGAGUCUCCAAAAGAUAUACCCUGUUAUUGUGACCGGUCAGUAACUAAUUUCCUCUGGUUUAGAGAAUAGCUCUGAAUACUAUGGAAUGAUGCAAAUGUAGAAACACAUAUCAUGGAGUAUAGGAAUUACACUUAUUUCUCAAUAUGUUCUUUUCUUUAACAUACUUUUUUAUUAUAACCUUAUUUUACUUUUCAUAAAUCACGGUAAUUGAAUAAAACUUUCAAAAUCACAUAUUAAUUGUAUCAGCCUCUUUUCAUGCUCCAAUCCUGCCACCAUAUUAUGUGGCAGGAUCUGUUUUCUAUUAAUUGUAUAUUAAAGAUUUAACAGCCGACAUCUCAUUUCUGAUUCUCAGAGCUCAUUGCAGUGAUUGACAGGGAGCAAUGAUGGAGGCACUCAUUUUUUUUUUUUUAUUUUUUUUUACAUUUAAUUCUAGUUUUCAGAACUCACAAAUACAUAUUUGUUAAAUAUACGUAAAAUAGAAACUAAAUUUUAAAAAAAAAAUCCUAAGAAGUGACAAUUUAAAUCAUUACUGUCAAAACACUGUAUGUUGUUAUACCUCUUUCUGACUUGGUCUGCAAUCGCUUAUUUUGUGGUGUUUUGUUUUUUGUCUCCAGUUAGGAAAUGGAGAAAGAAGACUCCACUUGGAGCAUAUGGCCCGUGGGAAAUUGAAGUUGGAGAAGCACCUCUGCCAGUUAGUGCACUUCAGCCGGACUUUUUAAAGGAAAGCAAUUCAAAUGUAUGUAUUGCUGUAAUGUGUUCUAGCCAUUAUAUUGAUAUAGAAGGCCAGAAUGUUAGAUCGGUAAAGGUCCACUGUGAGAUAUGGGGUGUGUUGUGGACAAAAUAUUAGAAUUAGUAAAAUGUCUAUUUACUCUGUGCAUCUGUGUUUGAUCCAUGACCGGGUGUAAUUAGACUUGGGAAACUCUCACUCUAUGACUUUAAAAAAGGCAUAUAAAGCAGCACUUAAAUUACAUACAGUGCGUCUGUGUUUGUGUGUGUAUAUAUGUAUAUGUAUAUAUGUAUAUGUAUGUAUGUAUAUAUGUAUAUGUGUGUGUGUGUAUAUAUAUAUAUAUAUAUAUAUAUAUAUAUAUAUAUAUAUUUUAUUAGUGUGUGUGUGUAUACCAUAUAUAUAUAUAUUACAGCGCUAUGGAACUUGCUGGUGCUAUAUAAAAAAAUUUUUUUAGUCUCCAAGUACUAACUGCAAAUAGUUGUGCAUACUCUGUUUACUAAUAGAUUUGUAUUUCUUUGUUUAAGUGUUUUCGUUCAAGUUAUUGCCACAUACUAAUCCAGUGCCAGCAUGAACAUUAUAUCGAUCUCUCCUCACCAUGUAAAAGCACCUUGUGAAUGUUACCUGCUUUCACAGACCAUACGGCUGGUGAUCACACAUAGGCAGAUACAAUAACAAUAUCACACUAGUGACCACAUACUCUCACUACACAGGGCCGAUAUGCACAAUAUUCUGAUUUUGUGAAAUUUGCAACUGCAGAAUGUGCACAAACAUUUACUUGACAUAAAACUCAUGGUGUCACACCGGCAAGGACAAAAUCCAACUAAGUAUUAAAACAUUGUCAAAUUUUUCCAAGACCAAUCUAGACCAUGUGUUGCUUUGUUUGAUGCACUGGAAGACAGGGAAAGGAAAUAACAAAAUGUUCCACAUAUAUUGUUCUUGGAAACAGAUGAGUAGUGCCAAACUUUCUAUAGCAUGUAUCCUGUUGUAGUAUCUGGGUACAUGGAAUUAUUGGACAUUCCCACAUACUUGAACAAACAUAAAAGUACUUCCAUGUUAUAACCACAUGGGUAUAAUCUCUUGCAUUAGUUGAUGUCGAAAGUCAGAAUAAUGGAUCUUAUUAGCGGCAGUAUAAUAACUUGUUUUUGCCGUCCCUUAUAAUUAUAACAAGGACAUUCUUUAAGAUGAGAGAACUCGUACUAUUCUAUUUCUGGGCAACCCAUUAAUAAAUAACUAAAUGUAUUUUUGUUUUAGCCUAUUUUUAUACGUAAGGAUACAAAAUCAAGCUUUCAAUGGCGAGUUCGGAACCUGCCUUACCCAAAAGAAGUAUACAGUGUUACUGUGGACAAGGCAGAACGAUGCUGUAUUGUGCGAACAACCAACAAAAAGUAAGUAGACGUAUUAUACUUAAAAGGGCACUCUGGUAAAACAUAAGUAAAACGUUGAUGCAUUCGACUGGCCCUCAUUAUUAUGCUGUAUUUUUUUUGCUUGCACAAAUCUUUAUUUACACAAAAUAAUACCUUCCUCCCUAUCCACAACAGGUUACUUUGUAGUUAACAUCAUUUGGUUCUGUCAGUGGAUAAGCUGCAUACAUACACUGAUAAGGAAGUCUUUUUCAGGAGUAAGGGGGUGUGGCUAAAGAGGCAGGCUAAUGGUGCAGCAUUCUGCAAAACCAUUUCUUCCCCAAAAACUAUAAACAUUUGAGCAUGCAAAAAAAGACUGCAUAUUAAUGAGUCCAAAACCUACCACAUGCAUUAAAGUUGUAUUUGUGCUUGGAUUGUAACUUUAAGGGACCCUGUUUCUCUGUUCUCUUUUAUUGCUUUCGUAAUUAUUAUAAGACUCACAAAUCUUUGUGAAAGGUAAACCAACCCAAGAGCUAUUGUUUUCGAUAAGUUGCUGCUGCACAGAGGUGUAUGGGAUCAUUUCAGACAGCAUAGUUCAGAAUGACAAGUUCCUGAUUGCUAAAUGCUAUUCCUGGUCUGCAAAGUGCUCUCUCUGUCAGCUUUUAACUUGUUGAUUAAUAGCAGUUUGGACAUUUUAAUUUGAUUUAUUUUACAUAUGUAUUAUCGACCUAAUGCAAUAAAGAGCCACUCUAAGCACCAUAACCAGCUCAGUGUAGUAGUCACGUUGGCAGUAGUCUCUGGGUACCUUCCCCUGGUUCUUCGUAAGAUUAAGCAAACAUUGGCAAACCCUCUUAAGGAUGAAAUAUAUUUCUAAAAGCAAGAAAUCCUGGUCAGUAACAUUUAACAGGAACACAAACACUCAGAGACCUAGAUAUUAAAGGUAGAUAAAGCCAUUGGAUUCAUAUCGGAGAACACAUACUUUAUUCUUCAGCAAUCUGCCCGCCACAAACCUUUUUUGAUGACUUCCACUGUAUUGACCUGUACCACCUCUGCUGAUAAGCUAUUCCAUGCAAAGUAUAUAAUUCCACAAUGGUUUGCCAAUGGUUGGCAAAGAGAAUCAAUAAACGUUUAAUAAUACAUUUUUAAAUUACUACACAGACGGGAUUAUUUUUUUCUGAAUCCUGACCUGAUACUUUUAUUUGUGGUAAUAUUGGGCUUUGAGCAACUGUCAUACUGUCAAAAAACUGUUAGCAGGUUUUUAUCCCCCACCCACUAGACUCCUCUCCUGCAACUGUCAAAAAUUACUUACUACGUUCUCAGUGAAUACUUUUCUAACAACCUACUUUGUACCCUACUUUUACCCUCUGUGUCACUAUACCCCACGCCCUCUAGAAUGUAAGCUCAUUGAGCAGGGCCCUCCACCUUUCUGUUCCUGUACAUCCAGUUUUCUGGUUACAAUUACAUGUCUGUUAGUCCACCCAUUGUACAGCGCUACGGAAUCUGAUGGCGCUUUAUAAAUAAUGAAAUAAUACAUGUAAAGAUGAUUUACUGAGGCAUUGAGAAUGUUUACUUUUUCCAACAGAGGGCGCUCUUGGAGAAGAUCUAAAUACUAAUGUGUUUUUUCCUUUCGCUUCUAAAAAAUGCAUACUGCAUUACAUAGUACUGCAUGUUUACAGGCACUUGGUUCACAUGUCUCCAACAAUAUGUUUUUUGCACAUGUCAUCUAGAUAAUUUGUGGGUGACAGAUUCUAUAAUGCCGUAAACUCAAUCUGCCUUAAACAGACUGUUUGCUUGUGAAUGUCCUGUUUAGUGAAUACAUCCCAUUGAGUUACUGCCAUUUUCCUAUCAGUUCAGGCACAAAUUGUGCAAAUUGGAACAAGGAUACACUUUAAUUUUAUUUUAAGCCUUGCUUUAUUAGCUUCUGUUUAAAGUGUUGUUUGUCCUUACUUUAAGAUGCUCUUAAAAGACAAUAUUGUUUUUCUCAGUUUUUGUUUAAUAUUUUAUACACAUUGCAAACCUUACUCUAUCUCUUCUAGGAUCACUUUGCAAUCCCCAUAAUAUAGAUAUAUCUCCACCAUCACAAAUAGUUUCCAUCAAGCCCCCAUAUCUUUAUUCGCAGAGAUUCAGACAUGAUAAAGCCAUGCCUUUGUUUGUCUGACGUAUUGCUUUGCUCCUCUCUGGGUGUUAAAAGCACAUUCCAAGCUCUAAAUUUACAAACCAGGAAUAGGAAUACUGUAACUUCAUGUCUCCACCUACCCCUUAUAUUGUGUCAUGGUACUUUUAUUUAAAUUUAUAGGAAGGAAUCAUAUAUUGCUUGAGAAGUAUUGCUAGAUGUAAAGAUAUUUAAAAGCCAUAUUAUAAUAUUAUUAUUAUUAUUAUUAUCAUGAUCAUCAUCCUUUAUAUAGCGCCAGCAUAUUCCACAGUGCUUUACAAUUAUAAAAUGGUCGAUAUUUGACAACAAGUAAUUAACAUAUAGAAUAGAACAGAGACAAGAGGUGAGGAAGGGCCAGCUAAAACAAGCUUACAAAACAACACAAUCCUCAUCCAAAUACCCUGCAGUUUAUCCUCCUCUACCAACAUUCAGUGUGUACUCUGGAACACCCUUCCAUCUGUAGCAAUAUUACAUUUCAUCUCUAAUUCACUAAGGAUACUGGCGCUCACUGAGACUUGGCUGUCCCCCUCUGAUACUGCUACUCCAGCUUCAUGUUUCGGUGGACUACAAUUCUCCCAGACUCAACUGUAAAGGCGGCAGUGUAGGCAUCACCACCUAAAACGUUGCAACUCCUUUCACUGAGAAGAUUUCUACAAUCAGGGAAGAGAUCUGUAAUCUCUCUCCCUCCCCUUCCAAUACAUCACCCAACUCCACUGUUCUAUGCUCAAUCGCAACUACUACAAUGGAAGAGGUUUCUUCUCUGCUCUGGUCCUCCCACCCCACCACCUGUUCCCUCAAUGCUAUGCCCUCAUAUCUCAUCCGCACUCUGUCUCCCUCUCUUGCUCUUUUUCUCACUAAAGUUUUCAAUCUUUCCCUUUCCUCUGGUACAUUUCCUUCACCCUUCAAGCAUGCAACCAUAACGCCAAUUCUGAAAAAAGCCCAACCUCGACCCCAGCGCCCCACCCAACUACCGCCCUUUAUCACUACUGCAGUUUGCCUCCAAGAUCCUUGAGAGAGUAGUGUAUGCGAGAUUUCCUCAAAUCCAACUCUCUGCUUGACCCCCUACAGUCUGGAUUCCGCGCUCGUCACUCUGUUGAAUCAGCUGUGACCAAAGUCUCCAACGAUGUAAUUGCUGCUAAAUCUCGCUGCCAUUACUCUAUCCUAAUUCUCCUUGAUCUUUCUGCUGCGUUUGACACGAGAUACUGCUCUCUCCUGGUGCUCCUCGUACCUCUCCCAGCGCUUUUUCAGUGUUUUUCUCUGGCUCCGCCUCUUCUCCCCAACCUUUUCUGUUGGUUCUCCCCCCAGGUUCAGUCCUUGGUCCUACUACUGUUCUGCUGUUCUCCAUCUAUACUGCCUCCCUUGGUAAACUCAUCAGCUCAUUUGGCUUCCAUUAUCAUUUAUAUGCAGAUGACACAUAUACCUGUCCUCUCCUGAUCUCUCUCCGCCCAUCUUGACUCAUGUCUCUGACUGCCUCUCCAUGAUUUCCAAUUGGAUGGCUGCCCACUUCCUUAAACUCAACCUGUCCAAAAAAAAAAAACUUCUGGUCUUUCCUCCCUCAAGUGCUGUUACUCCCAUGUCUGUCUCCCUCCAAGUCAAGGGCGCCACCAUCAACUCUACCUUGCAGGCUUGCUGCCUAGGUGUUCUCUUUGACUCCGAUCUCUACUUCACCCCACAUGUCCAAUCAACCGCCAAAUCCUGCCGCUUCCAUUUCAAAAACAUAGCUGGCAUCCGCCCCUAUUUCACACCAGGCGCAACUAAGGUGCUGGUCCAUGUCAUUGUUCUUUCUCACCUUGACUACUGCAAUCCCUUUCUCAGUGGUAUGAUGUGUUCCCAGAUUGCACCGCUGCAAUCUAUUAUGAACGAGGCGGCAAGGCUCAUGUUCCUGUCCGCAUCUCCCCCGAAAAGGAGGACAGGCUACAUUGAUUGUUCAUUUAGUUUGAUUGUAAACAUUUGACUAAAUAGGGAAAUUUACAAUAUUCACUUUUUAACACCUCAGAUUGAAGACUAUUACAUAUGUCGACAUUGUAAUUAAAACAAAUAAGCUGCAGUAAAAUUAACUGGGUAAAGACACCCAGGACCAGUCCCCUCUCAGUCCCUACAUUGGCUUCCAGUUAGAUAUAGGGCUCAAUUUAAGAUUCUGGUGCUUGCUUACAAGUCCCCACAUAAUGCUGCUCCAACCUACCUAUCCUCUUUAAUACACAAGUAUGUCCCUGCGCUCUGCCGAAGACCUAUGCCUAUCCUCUGUACGUACUCCCACAUCUGAUGCUCGCCUCCAAGACUUCUCCAGGGCUGAACCUUUUCUGUGGAACUCCCUUCCCUUGGCUGUUAGACUUUCACCCAGUCUCCACUCCUUCACAAAAUCUUUGAAAACUCACUACUUCAGGAAAGCAUAUCAUUUAAACUGUUAGCGGAUUUUUAUCCCCCGCCUUAUGGCUGUAUAAAACCAGAAAUUGCAUGUUUUGAAGUAUUUUUAAAUCUUUCAAAGGGUCUGGCAGUUAUUGUAGAGCUCUAGGCUGAACACUGCUCAUGUACAUUGCUUCCCCCAAAUAAAUCCCAUUUGUGAUCCCCAUUGGUGUGUUUCAGGGAAGCAAUUCAAUGCCAGAUUAUGUGCAAUGGUUCUUUGAUUGAUUUCACUGAGAGAUCAGGGAUUGAUUGGAUUUCACCAGCCUGGUGGCUGAAUAUGUCAUUGGAGGCAAAAUGUAGGCCAAGAAAAACAAGAGGGGCACCCUCUAUACUAAAUAUUUUAUUUAUUUAAUCUCAAGCAUCCAUUUUAAUGUAUUCCAUACACCGUGCGUUAGUUCAUGGGUGGCAGAAUCCUUCUUCGAGUUUUCCUGGAAAUGGUUAAUACGGAUACAGGCAAGGAUAAGAUAGAAUGAUGGUAUAUUAGCCAGGAAACAAGUCUCAGCAUUUCUUGUAUCUGUUCGUAAUAUAAACAAUGUGUGAAAUCUAUUAUUUAAUAAGAGCACUUAGUCGGGAAGAUUACUGGUUCAGUCCCUCCCUGUCCUGACUUAAGUUCUCUUUUUUGGAUGGCCUUUUUAUCUAUCAUUGAGGAGUUAACACCUCCUUAACAUGUCUUUGUGUUCAUCUAAUCUGCUAUUUAACCUUUGACAUCUCCCUUAUUAUCCAUGUCUGCCACCUUUACCAAAUACAGAGAGCAGCUACAUCACAGGAGGCUUUAAUCUCUGUCAGAAGGAUAUUCUGCCUAUAUACAUACUUUGCACUCACCUUGUUUCAUCUGUUCCCAUCACUGUUCUUCACAUACUGUGUUCCAUUGCUUCCACUCCUAUACAGUGCGCUUGUUUUAAUAGGACCCCUUUCACCUCUUUGGUUCUGUUAACAUUAUUUUGUUUGGCAAUAUUUCUAUUUUAUCUUUUUUUUUUAUAUUGUAAAGUGCAGCAGAAUAUGUUGGCACUAUAUAAACGGCAGUAAUUGUUAAACACAAGCAGUCGUGUUUUCCAUUAUACGUAUUUUUGACCAAAGUGGGGGGACAAAGGAAUGGAAACGUAGAAUGCAACAUGGGGUUUGUGUUUGUCAGUCUGUGUUUAUUAAAAACAAACAAACAAAACAAAACGAACUUGCCUGUGAUCAGAUUUUUUUGUGUUAAAUUUCAGCUCAUUUCAAUGUUACAGCUCUGUAUACAUCACUAAAGUAGUUUUAUUAACUAAAUUGUUUUCUGCAUUAUUUCAAUUUAGAGUAAUUUGAGCCCAAAAUUAUUAUAUAGAGGGUCAUAUCCUAAAUCACGAAAUCGAUGAUGUUUAUAUACUUUUUCAUAAGCAUAUUUUAUCUUUUCUUUAUUGGUUACACAAAAUUGACAAAUUCGUAUUAUCUUUCCAGACACCCUGCAAUUCUUGUGAAUCUCCAUAAUUUCGCAGUGGAACAUGUAGUGACUUCAAUGAGUAAAGCAUAUAUCAUGUAAGCUCAUUGAGCAGGGCCCUCCACCUCUCUGUUCCUGUACGUCCAGUUGUCUGGUUACAAUUACAUGUCUGUUAGUCCACCCAUUGUACAGCACUACGGAAUCUGAAGGUGCUAACUAAAAUAAAAUAUCAUACAGACAUGGUGCCUUUUGGGAGAUUUACUCCUCACCAGCCAAACAAAUCUUGUACUGCAAAUACUUAACUUUUAUCACUAACGUCCAUAAAAAGAAAUUCAAAACUCCAACAAACUAAAGUUUUUGUCGAUACGGGUUUUCUUGAGCUAUGUUCAUUAUCGUUUCAGACAGUGUAAGAUUCCUUUGUAUGUAUCCUUUAGUUGAUAAUUUCAGGAGAAGGGUUUUCCGCUAACUGUGCCCAUAUGUACCAGGUGAAGCUGGCAGUGGUGAUUGGUGGCGUGUAAUGAGCGAGAUAAUCAGCUCCUGAAAAAUGAAUAAAGGGUGAAAUCACCAGCCAUUUCAGUUCUAGUACCAAAUGUCACUCACAGCUGGAAACAAGCCCGCUACUCAGCUUACCUUGUUAUAGAAGAUCUGUCUCUUCCUGAGAUGUGAUGUAGACAGGACUGCAAAACACACUGAGCACCCUUUGCUAAUUUAAAAAAAUAUAUAUAUAAAUGAAAAAUAACUAUUCAUAAACCGGUAUCUCCUUAGCACCCAUAGCCUGCCUCCUAUUCAGCCGCUCUGAUAUUCUAUAAAACCAUGCCUGUGCAAUAACACAUGGGAAUCCAUCCAGCCUGAAUGAGCAUGCCUGGCUGAGGGUGAUAGGGGGCCUAUGUGACCAUGGUGUCUUCAAACUAAAUUGAUUGGGAUCAAUAUUUAGCCAGAUUUCUAGUGAAGGCCAUAGUGAACACUGUGCCAUUCAUUUAUUAAGCACAGAGUUGUAGUGAGUUGACACAUUUUAGGCUAUAUAGAUUUGAAUUUAUUUUUUUUGUCCCCAAGUUUUAUUUCUCGGCUCCCCAGUUUGCUGUAGUGUUUAUUCUCAGUGUGCGUUUUAGCUGUCUACAGGAAUGGCUCUGAUUCACUUACAGACUAUUUUCCAGAUAAGAUCUUUCCUGUGUAUGGACGACACGCCAGGCAAUAAAUGGAGAGUUUUACUGAAAGACAUAUUAGAGUAAAUCGGGUGCACUAUUCUACUUUUUCAAGAUUUGCUGUAUGCCUAUUGCAAGGUCACUUUAAUCUAUUUAAUCUAUUGAUGAUCUGUUGAAAAGAAGGACAGGCUACAUUGAUUGUUCAUUUAUUUUGAUUGUAAACAUUUGACUAAAUAGGGAAAUUUACAAUAUUCACUUUUUACCACCUCAGAUUGAAGACUAUUCCAUGUGUCGACAUUGUAAUUAAAACAAAUAAGCUGCAAUAAAAUUAGAUGGGUAAAGACACCCUGGACCAGUCCACUUCUUAUUCUCAUGGCAGGUUUCAUCCCCUAUCUUUGGAAUUUUAAAAAUAGACUGAAACACCCAGUCUCAUUAAUAGGUCUGUGAUGCACUGCAGUCAGUUAAGGUAAUAACAUUCAUCUUUUUGUGUAGAUUUUUUUUUUUCACUCUAUAUCGAUUUUUAUUUUAUUAAAGAUGUUCAGAAUGGUAACAAUAUAAAGCUGCUUAAAUAUGUAGUUAAAAUUGACUUUUUUGAGCUACAGAGUCCCCACCUAGUUGAGAAUACAAAUGAUGCUGCCUUAUUGAAGAUAGUAGACUGGCACUCCAAAUGAUGGUCCCAAUAUAUUUAUUUAAUUUUCCAAUUGCAACUCUCUGAGCAGCCUGAUAUUCCAUAUUGAUAUUGAAUUGGUUGUUCCCCAGCAGAGUCUUGUGCUAAAAUAAGGCAAGUGACAUUUCCUGUUUACAGGAUGCUAUGUAGUGAUGGAAUGAUCCUGUUAACAUGUAUUCUAUACCCAUUAAAACUUUACAUCUUCAACAUUUAAAGGUCCCUAUACCCUGCUCUGUUUUUCCUUCUAAUUUGUCCCAUCUUUGCCCUUUAGUCUCACUGUAAGUCCUUUGAUUUAGUUCAGAUGUAUCUAAAGAAUGUUUUGUCUCCCCUUUUUACAGACUAAGCUGUUUAUUUGUUCUACUUAGACUCUUGCUCAUUUAAAUAUGUGUUUUGUCUCUUUCUGUGUUGUCUAUCUUCAGCGGACGGAUCCUGUCUAUACUUCUUAGAAGCUUGCUCCUUCGAAUCAUUACUGCGGUUUUUUUUUUUGUUUAAGCUAAAAUACUUGAUAGAAUUAUUAGUUACAUUUAAAAAAAAAUUAUUUAGUAUCCUGAUUGCAUGCGCACUGCAUUACUCCCAUAACACAAUCACAGAUUUCGCCUUUAAAAGUUGAUGAUAUAAAAUGUAACAGUCGCAUCUGGCAGUGGUACAUGGAUGGCCCUAAGACUGGGUGAUCUAGCACUGGGCAACUACCAGUUAAUAAUGGUUAUAUUACACAAUUUCUAAUCGUCAUCAAUAAUUACUCCUAUCAAGAAGCAUUUAUUUUCAGACUUUAACGCAUAUAAGCAGGUCUUGCUCUAUAACUCCAUAGAUCUACAGACCUUUUAAGUAAAUCCAUUCUUACCUACCAUGUUUUGGUCAUAGUGUCUUCAUUUAACAGUGUAGGGGUUUUUUUUCCACUUGGAAAACAUUUUUUUUUCUAAUCUGUACUCUCUAAAAAAGGAUUGGUAUCAACAGGUUUCCCUUACUAUUGCCACCUUUAUUAAAACGGAGUGCUUAUUUGAUGUAUUGCAGCUUAUUUACUCCGAUAAGAGCAUGGUUUAUCUGUAAUCUUGAAUUCCAGAUUAAACAGCAACAUUUCUAUUUUUGUUUGUUAGAGGAUUGCAAAUGCUGAUGACAUAUUAUCUCUUAUUUUGAAUCCAGAGAUUUUGGAGUAGUUGAAUAGAUCCCGUACAAAGUUUGAGAAAGUCAGUGAUUUGGUUUCCAUUAAAAAUAGAUCAACAUUAAAAUAUUUGAUUUAAAAAAUACAUCUUCAUCUACAUUACUUGUAGAAUGCGGCUGGGGAAUAUUUUCCCAGAAUGCAUGUGACCUUUUUGUAUAUAUUUAACAUUUUGCAGCAUGAUUUAAAAAUAUUACACAUAGCAUCAAUCUAUUAUUUUGUUUCGAAUUUUUUUUUUUUUUUCCAUUUGCUUUACCUUGUGAUCUCUUGUGGGUUCGUUUUAUAUUAUCCUAAAUCCGUUUUUUUUUUUGUUUCUCACCAUUGCAUCCACAGCUUCAAAUUGCUCUGUUAACAUUUGACCCCUUCCCUCAUCCAGUAAACUGUAUCCAAUACAAUACAUUUAUUGCACACCAUGGCAUUAUGCUCUUUCAAUCCGUAACUGGUACUUUAACUUUAAAACAGGGCAGCAAAUCCCAGUCCUGUGUGAAAUGAAACCAUUUCAGGUAGUGUAUUACACACUAAAAUGAUUUUUUACUGAAUUUACAUUGAACUUUGCAGGUCAUUUCGUAUGCGGGAGGAGAGAGUCUGGUAGGAAAGACCGUAGCCACUAGGGUAGUUUCUGCUCUAGUGAAACAAGUGUUUGAAUUCAAACUUUGGCAAUUGGAUAAUUUGACUGAAAUUGUAACCACAACCCCUGCAAUGUAAAUUGUGCACUACAACCUGUUAAAUAACAAUAACACCCGGUCUGUGGGCUGUAUGGAUUCAGCUUCAGACAAAAUAAAAAUUCACCCCGCUCUAAUUAAUGACACUAUUCUUAUAGAAAUCAUACAAUAACCUGCUUUCAGACAAUCAGUUCUAUACCUCUGUAUUAUAUAUAUUGUGUGUAAGGUUUGUUAAAUUGGCAAAACUUGAUACGGGUCAAUUUGCCCUUAAUACGACAUGCAGAGAGCCUGUGCGGUUUCUUGGCUGUUUGUAAUAUUUAAUAUUCUAAACAAUCGGUUUAUUUUUAGAGUAGUAUGAUCAUAGUCUUACGUUGUUGCUUCUGCUGUUAUAAUGGUUGGUGUCCAGGUGAAAUAUUAACCAUAAAAACCAGCUCUGCGUAUCUGAAUAACAUUGAAUACCAGUCAUGUUAUGCACAUUAAGUUGUCCCGUCUCUGUAUUUUUGAUGUGAGUGUUAGUUGAAACUAUCUGAUAUAUAUGCAAUACUUAUGCGCGGUGGAAAAAUUAGAUAUACCGGUAGAUAAAAUUGGGUGGUUUUAGUAAUUGGGGAAGUUCAGCUAGGACAACUAAAAAUUAGUGGGAAAAACUAUUUAAACGAACCAAAAAUGGGCCAGUGUACUGCAAAAUUAUGUAUAUAUUUUACAGUACUAGUUCACAGAUUAAGUGAGAAAAGGUAACCAAUAGAUGGGGAAAAAAAGGAGCAGUUAUAACAUCUAUACUUGUAUUGUAUAUUUAUUAAAUAUCAUUUUGUUUUCUGCUCCCCCCAAUUAGUCACUUCCCACUUGAUCUGUGAAUUAAAAUCAACAUUUAGGGGCUGUGCCCUAACCAUCAAUCUAUAGUUUUCAUACAAAUCCCAAUUGAUUUGAAACCAAAUGAAUGCACAAGUCUAAUAUUUAAAUUGUUCAUAGAUUGUAUUACAAACGCAAUUAUAUUUAAAGAAAAACAGAUUUACUGACUAUAUCAUCUUGUCUUUCUAUCUGCACAGAUAUUAUAAGAAGUUUUCUAUCCCCGAUUUGGACAGAUGCAAUCUUGAGCUGUUUGAAAGUGCAUUAAGCUUUGCACAUGCUAAUAACACUUUAAUCAUAAAUGUAAGUACUCUGACUUUAAAUCGAUAUUACAGACGUGAAGGUGGGAAGUGUCACUCACUAUCCGUGUAAAUUGAAGCUAAUCUGUCACGUGUCACAUGAGUUUUGUUAAUGUAAAGCAGUUAUUACCAACAUUAAAUUUAAACAAAAGUCAGCACUAUAGUAUCAGAUGUAAAGGACCAGUAGUGGAACAACCAGCAAUAGAAAAAUCCUGUACAUCCUGUAUUGCAACAAAUGCCCUGUAGACAGUUCACAAUAGAUAGUUCACUUCAAUACCUUAAAAAGCCCAUAUAAUGGGUGAAACGCGUAGGUACAGGCUGUUUGUACUUGUGCUGUGGAUUUACCGGCAUUUUACUGUAAGGAGUGUUUCUUCUCCCAGUUUGAGACAAGCACUGGAUAGUAACACUGCCCAUACUAUUUGUGCAAUUGAGCCUGUGAAAAGCUCACAAUAUUACAGUGUACACAGCUACUGUAUGGAGCUUUUUCUGAUUUCUUUUGAGGUACACUGCAAGAAUUUGAGAAUCAUUUUGUUGAAGAUUGUGGCGAAACCGGCCUCGCCACGUGUCCUUGGAGGGGGCUGCUUGCCCGCCUCUUGCCUUUGGACUAUGGACCAGACCUUAUGUGAAUGUGUUAUACCCCAGAUAGGAAUCCCAUGGAGCCCAUUCGUAUGAAACUGACUGUAAAGACUUUGGUUCCAUGGCGAUUAAACUGUAUUUGUGUGGUCCGAGCGCCAUUCACUUAAUAAUGUGCGCUCAGACCUGAGCUAUCUGGGGAUAUGUGAAAUGUCUGUGUGCUAUGUGUAAAAUGUGACUUUAUGUAUUUUAAAGUGUUUUGUGUCUUUUGCAACCAUGUGCUUAAUGGAGUCUUGUGUCUGUCCUGGGAGAUAAUUGAAUUACUUAUCUCCAGGAUAGAAGACUCUGAAACUGGUUUGGGCCAAAAAGCCAUGCUUCAUUUAGUCACAAAGGACUUUUUACUAACUUUUGAACCCCUUGUCUGAUUUGUGCCAUUUUGAAUAUGUUGUUCCCCUGAAUGGAUUGAUUGUGAAUAUGUAAUUUUAUGUGAAUGUGAUGUAUGGUUUUGGAGUUAUGAAAGUUGGGUAGAAAGUAUGUUUUAACUGUAUGUAUAAUUGAGUUUCCUCUCAGGAUAAGGGGAGGGAAUAUGUGGGAUGUAACUGUGAUGUGAUUGGUUGUUUUGUAACGCCCUGUGGGCUGUACUAUGUUUGUGGAUUGGGAAUAAAAGAGACUGUAUGUGACAGUACAGGAGUUCCUGUUUUAACCCUCAAAGUGAAGUGUCGUCUCAUUAUUGGGGGAAGGAUUUAUUGUAUGCUGUUCCAGUUUGACUGCUAGGAGAGUAAACCUAUUCGUAUGGUUCCUAUUCAACUGUCUACAGCAUUCAUAUGCUUGGGAGAAUUUAUUUGUUUCUCCGGUUCGGUGAUUGUGGUGUCUGCCAGAGUGCUUGGAGUCCUCAGGAAGCGCUAGGAGCAUCCUUCAACGGAGGUACCCAGUCGGGGGUGCCAGGUGAUCCGUUACAUUAGAUUUUUUAUGAUCUCUCAGUAUCAUCUGUGGAUGGGCUGCAGGGCAUUUUUUUGCAAUACAGGGCAGUUUGUUUCUACAUUAUUUCAUCUUAUAUAUGGUUACAAUAGCUCUAUUGUACUACUGGUCCUUAAUAUUUAAUGCGAUAGACUGAGCUGACUCUUGUAUUAAUUUAUAUUUUUACAGUUUGAGGAUUAACCCUUUCAGGUUAGCAGCUUGGUAUAAUAGUGUAGUUGCUUGUUUUGUUUGUUUCCAUUUUCAAAGUUGCAGAGGCAAUGUUUAUUUAGAACCGUGAUUGGAGUUUUAUCCGUUAAAUUGUGCUUUCAUUUUGUUUUAGAUUUAUCUUAACCAAUGCAUUGAUGACUUUCUUUUCUGACAAACCGAUCCUUACAGUUUGUUUUGUUUGUUUUCAGUAUCAAAAGCCUAAAGAAAUCCUGGCUAUUGAAGAAGAACUCCAGCGAGAGCUAAAGUCGAUGAAAACGAAUGCUGAUGGAGAUGUUGAAUGCAAAACUCAGUGACUCCAAAAUAAACUGGAAAUUUUUAUUCAUGCCACUCAUUGUUUAUAAUUUAAUAAAUUCGUAUGCUUACUAUGACAGUGUGUGCAUUUUGAAUUCACGAAAAUCAGUAGAAAUACAUGCAAAUUGUUAGAGGAAAAAAAGGAAAAACACAAUCAAUUUUUGAAAUGAAGGGCCUAAUUUACUUUAUAUUAAAGUACCACUAUAGUGCCCUGAGGGUG